AUGGAGUCUUAUUUUACAAUUUGGACAAAUCAAAAUGAUAAUCAUUCAUGCAUUGAUCAAGUAUUUUUACCAUAUAAUUUUGUUGAACAAAAUCUUAGAAAAGAUCUGUCAAAUAAAGAAAGUCCCAAGUUUGUAACUAAAGAAGAACGUGAAGCUGUGGUAUUACGACGACAACAAGUAGAAGUUGAACAAACAGCUACAAAAGAUGAUAGAACAGAUCGACCAAGUACUUCAAAUAAUUCUUGA